UCGCGGUGCGGUGGACGGGGCCUGAUGCGUCGUGCGGCGGGGGCGGUGCGGGGUGGCGGCUGCACCAAGAUGGCCGUAGCGGGCAAAGGAGCGGCGGCGGCGGCGGUGAAGCCGAUCUUCAGCCGGGACCUGGGCGAGGCGAAGCGGCGCGUGAGGGAGCUGUACCGGGCCUGGUACCGUGAAGUGCCCAACACGGGGUCUCCAGACCAAGAAUGGGUGAUGUCUUGCACGUAGCUUCCGUAACUCCCCUUAGCUCUUCUCCUCAUGGAGUGCACAGGCAAAGGCAGGCACCCAGCACAGUGGGGCUGCAGCCAGCUGAAAGUUCCAUGUACAGAUUUGGGGGGGUUUUUCCCUGACCGGAAAAUCGCACCAAAUAUGACUGUUUUGAAAAGAAAUGCAAAGCAAUGUCUUUUGUUCUUCAGAAGGGUAAUUGCCCUUUCUCUCUCCCUCUCUCAGAAAGAUAUUUAUUGUCUAUUGUUUCUCUGCUUGCUUUGAAAACUGGUGCGUUUUUUUGCAAAUCCCUAAGCUACAGCUCUCACUCCAGCCCUUGGCAGGAAUGGCAGUCCAUGCUUCUAGCCCAAAGCAGAGGAGCUGUCUAGUUUGCAGCCUGAAGUGGGUAGAGGAAAAGGUUAUUUACCCAGACAGCUUUUGGAAAGGUGUAAAUUGGUGGUACUGAUGGUGGCAGUAUUUUUUUUCUUAAGCUGGUGCAUUUCUCAGGUUGCAGCUUUAUCACCUUUUUGAUAAAGGCCAAGGCAUAGGAAGAAGAGCAGCUGGAAAGUUAUUCUUCUGGUGGCCUUCCAGGGUGAUGCUCAUUAAAACUAAAUCCUCUUCCCAAAUUCCAAUCAACCAUCCUUCUUGCAGCCAAGAGCGAUGGGAGUCUGACAGCCUUUGGCUCAGGCCAGGUGAGGCAAAAAGGAAAGAGCCCAGGUGGAUAUUUUCCAACUGAAGUUCAUAAAAGUGGAGUUCAAAUUAAAAUGGAAUGCAAUGGAUAACAUCCUUUUACCAGUGGGGUGAUGAGGAAAUAUCCGUCGAUGUUCUGGGGACCAUUUCCCAUUGUCAUGGUUUGACAUGACAGCCUUUUCUGCUAAGGGGGAAGGGUCUGUAAAGAUGGCUCCUGUAAGAAGUUGCUCAAAACUCUCCCCAGCUUUGAGCCAGACCCACUUCUGGGGCUGAGCCAGUUAGACUUAUUCACCACCACUUUUUAAGAAGAAGCCAGAAGAGGAGGCUGCUUUAUCUUCCUGUUUCUUUCUUCUUCUGUCCCUUGUUCUUCUCCGGCUGAUGGUGUUUCAAGGAGUAGGAACAGUGAGAGAAACAACCAUGCAGACUCUAAGGUCAGUGAAGAAAGAGAGGAGGAGGUGUCCCCUGCAUUCUACAGAGAGAACUUGUGGAGCUGAGAUUUAUUUGCAUUUCUUUAAAAACCCCACAUCAGCAGCAGAGACUCAUUUUGAUACAAACCCUGCACCAGGGGCAGAAGACUCAUUUUGCUGAGAACUCUGAGCCAGGGGCAGUGAUUUUCUUCAUUAAAAUUAUGGCCAGAGGAGGCCAUGUCCCAAGGGAGGGACCCUGUAUCACCAUGGCUGGAGCAGGCCGUGUCCCGUGGAAGGGACCCAAUAUUCACAGAGCUGGAACUGUGGGAAGGAACCCACCACAAAGCAGCUCACUAAACUUAUGCCCAGAAGAGGCCAUGUCCCGAGGGAGAGACCUUCUAUUUGCAGAAACUCCAACUGUGGUGAAGAACCCAUGCCAGAGAUAUUCACUAAGGACUGCGUCCCGUUGGAGGGACCUUGUAUUGGUGGAAGCUGCAGCUACUGGGAACAACCCACACCAGAGAAGUUUGUUAAGCACUGUGUCCUACGGGAGGGACCCAGUAUCAAAGCAGGGGAAGAAUGCCAGGAGUCAUCCUCAUCUGAGAAGAGAGAAGCAGCAGAGCCCACAUCCCCCAUUCCCUGCCCUCUGAGCCGUUGAGAGAGGAGCAGUGAGCUGGGCCCAGGAAGAAAGAAGGGCUGGGGGAGGGAGAUCUUAAAGUGCUGGUUGUAAUUUUCUCAUCAUCCUACUCCCUUUUUGCUUUUAUUCCCUUCUGUUUCUUGCAGAAUAAACCGUCCUACUUUCUAAGUUGAGUACUGGAGUCUGUUGUGCCCAGAACAGUAAUUGGCAGCGACCCCUCCCUGCUCUUGUCUCAAUCCACAACGACCUUGUUUUUACUCCCAUUUUGCUGGUGCCUCCACCAUCCUAACGAGGGUGGGGAUGAAUGGGGGCACCAAGUGAGAGACUGUCAUGGUGCUGCUGUGCUAGCUGGGCCAACCACAACACCCAUCUUUUCAUUGGUCACCUGAGUGCAUGGGACACAAAAAUCAGCGUGAGUGGAACCUCUUGUUUAACCUUGAGCAUUCAGUCAUCUGUGCUCGAGCCCGUCCUCUGAGCACAGGACCGUCACAGCUGUGUCUCCUAAGACCUCACAGUAGAGCUGCUCGAGACAUGCACCUCUCCAGCCACACGACCUCUCCGGAUGUGUCUCUGGCCAAUGGAACAAAUCAUCAGCCCUGCAAACAGAAACCUGGAGAACACAUGUUCAGGAGCUGCUUCUCCCUUGACUUGUCGGGACAAGCAAGAAGGUGACACAGAAAAAUCUCAGAAUUGCGCGGUGAGGAUGCAGCAAGAGGAGAUUGCUUGUUGUUAAUUGCAAUUCCACCUCGGCUAUGGGAGAGGGCAUCCAACCAUGUGGAUGGCUCACCCAGCCCUGCCCCACUGUGCUGGGACAGAGACCUCUGAGCUCUGAACAGGGAUGGCCCAAUGCUGAGCUGAGCAGAGGAGGAGCUUGGGGCUGGAGCCAAGUCACACAUUUGAAGGUCUCCAAGGCAGAGGGACAGCAAAAGAGGGUGGGUAACAGGAGAAAGCAAGAAGAGAGCAGCUGCCUGGGGAAGGGAGAGAGAGAGAGACUAAAAGAGACAAAAGGAACCAGAAACAGUCCUGGGUCAAAAGAGGAAGACCAAGGAGUAGACAGGCUAAGAAAUGGCACUGCUCCUGUGGCUGGGCUCCCAGCUGGCAUUCUGCUGGAGCAACAUCUCUGUGCUGGCAAUUUUUCUCACAGUCUUUACUUUCCUGCUGGACUUGAUGAAGCGCAGGAGGACGUCGCGCCUGUACCCGCCGGGGCCAGUGUCGCUGCCAUUCAUCGGGACCAUACUGCACGUCGACUUCAAGAACACUCCUCACUCCUUCCGCCAGCUUCAGCAGAAGUUUGGAAACGUCUUCAGUCUCCAGAACUUCUGGAACAAUGUGGUAGUACUGAACGGAUACAAAGCAGUGAAGGAAGCCCUGGUCACCAGAGCAGAGGACUAUGCUGACCGGCCGUACAUUCCAGUCUAUGAACAUAUGGGCUAUGGAAAAAAUUCUCAGGGGAUUGUUAUGGCAAGAUACGGGCACAUCUGGAAGGAGUUAAGGAAAUUCACACUCUCUACCUUGAGGAACUUUGGGAUGGGAAAGGAAUCCUUGGAGAAGCGAGUGGUGGAGGAAGCGAGAUUUCUGUGCUCUGCAGUUAACUCUGAAGAAGGUCGUCCUUUUGAUUUACAUUUCCUUGUAAAUAAUGCAGUCUGCAACGUGAUCUGCACCACUGUCUAUGGAGAGCGUUUCAACUACGGUGACGAGACGUUCAAGAAGCUGUUACAUGUGUUUGACCAAUCCCUGCAGGAAGAAACUGGACUCUUGACUCAGUUUCUUAACUCGGUGCCCAUUUUUUUGCACAUCCCCGGAUUGGUAGACAAAGUCUUUCCAGGGCAAAAGUCGUUCAUGGAGUUCAUAGAUGUGCUCAUAGAAAGGCACAUGAAGACCUGGAACGCUGCUUACACCCGAGAUUUCACUGAUGCCUUUGUAAAGGAAAUGAAGAAGGGUAAGGAGGCUGAAGAGAAAGGUUUCACCUAUAACAACCUUCGUUUGGUGACUGCAGACUUGUUUGCAGCGGGUACUGAGACCACUGCUACCACUCUCCGGUGGGCAAUUCUGUACAUGGUUCUCCAUCCAGAAAUACAGAGUAAGGUUCAAGGAGAGAUUGAUAACGUGAUUGGCAGAGAGACAGAACCCAGCAUAAAGGACCAGGCAAGCAUGCCCUACACCAAUGCUGUGAUCCAUGAGGUGCAGCGCUGUGGGGAUAUUGCUCCAGUGGGACUACUUCACAUGACAUACCGGGACACCGAGCUGCAAGGCUUCUUUAUUCCCAAGGGAACGACAAUCAUCACCAACCUGUCUUCCGUGCUGAAGGAUGAGUCAUUCUGGGAGAAGCCACACGAGUUUUACCCUGAACACUUCCUGGAUGCAAAGGGGCAGUUUGUGAAACGAGAGGCCUUCCUGCCUUUCUCAGCAGGUCGGCGUGUCUGCCUGGGGGAACAGCUGGCCAGGAUGGAGCUCUUUCUUUUCUUUACCAGUCUGCUGCAGAAAUUCACCUUUGUCCUACCUGAGGACCAGCCCAGGCCACGGACAGAUGGCCACUUUUCCUUCACAAACUCCCCACACCCAUACCUGGUGCGAGCUGUCCCAAGAUAAGUACACGUCACGUCACUUUCACCCUGGAUCUUGGCUCAGCCAGCCAUAGCAAGUUACAAGCGAUGAUGGAGUUUGCAAGUACAUCUAUGCCUAAUUAGACAGCUCUGCUGUACUUUAGUCUCACAUUGGUUGCAGAAGCAUUUCACUAAGCACACAGCUACUGAAAGAAUUAUUAGUCCUGAAUUAGUUGCUUUUUAUGGGAGACUUACAAGAGUAUCCCAGGUAAAAGCCAGCCCUGGGGUCUUGGCAAUUCUAGGAGCAAAAAAAAUCAACCUUGGAAAUGAUCUGUCAGUACCCCUGGCCCCCUUGUUAGUCCCAUUGCAUCCCCAGGCACGCUCGGCCUCCUAUGCGGUGCCGUCCCACAUCGCCAGCUGCCUCGGCCUGGUGCCCAGGGGAGCCCAGUUCUGGCUGUGUUCCUGCAAAACCAAUCCAGUUCAGGUCAGCUGAUUUGGAACAUCCUGCUGGUGGGCAGGGUGAGAGCUUGAGCUCCAACAACAAGAUGGCAUUAAAGUGCAAUUUCAGAGCAGUGCUGCUGAAACACCUUACGGGCCAGCACAUACAUGUGCUCUUCAUUGCUUCCUGUUCAUUGCAUGCUCCUGUCUAUUGCACACAUUGCACUGCCUUCAGCCCUAGCCACAAAGAAAGUUGAGUUCUGACAACCCUUACAUGGUACUCUGCCUCCAGCAGGAAUAAAUACCAUGGCCGAGUACCCAGAUAAUCCAUAUGGUUUUUCAGCCACAGAAACGAUCGUUUGUGAAAUACAAAGACUCCUAUCAAUAUAUUUCAAGAGAAAUGCUGGUGAUUAGAUUUACCAUCUCCCCUAAUUAGGUCCUAAAAAAUGUGCUUCUUUUGGGGAGGGGCAUUAAAAGCUAACCUAAAGUCAGCUUUUUCUUUUCUCUUGCUUCUAUGCAUAACCACAACUAAAACAACCCCCGAUAGUGUAUGCUUGUGCACAGAUUCGUAGCUCUAUUUCUAAGAGUAGUUUUGGAAGCAUUGGAAGCUAUUGAAUUAUGCAAAUAUUUAUUAAUAUUGUUAAGAUUUUUACUUCAGCAAGA